AUGACGUGGACUAGAAAUCAAAAUGAUCGUGUGAUACCUUUGGCGGUUAAUUUAACUGAAGCUUUGCACACGUGCUUAGAGGCGAACGUCAUUCGUUUUCCAAGACAACCGAAACCGCCACCGGGCCACGUGGAUAAGACAAAAUGGUGUGAGUACCAUAGGAUUUCAGGACACAACAUUGAUGAUUGUUUCACUUUGCGAAAAGAGAUAGAAGCAUUAAUAAAAGCGGGAUGCAUGAAACAACUAUCGGGGCGUAACAACUCGGAGGAGGCAGGAACUUCAGUGAGGCGCACUGAUGAAGGGAAAGAAAUUGAGAAUGAAGAGCAGAAGAAGCAGACAGAGGGAAAAUCAAAGGGCCGAAUUCAUUCUAUUUUUGGUGGAUUUCGUGGAGGGGGAACAACUAAUUCAGCUCGAAAGAGGCCAGAUAUUACCUUCAAUGCAAGAGAUUUUGAGGGCGUUCAACCUCAUGAGGAUGAUCCAAUUGUGGGCAGUUCAACCGACUUGAUUUAUGGGGAUGCUUUUGAGAAGUUGGGUUUAACAGAGUCGGAUUUGUUACCUUAUGAUGGAUCGUUAGUAGGCUUUUCCGGAGAGAAAGUUUUUGUCAGAGGAUAUGUGGAGCUGAAUACAGUUUUUGGUGAAGGGAAGAAUGCGGAGGCAUUUGCCAUUAAAUUCCUGGUGGUAAAGUGUACUUCGCCCUAUAACGUGCUUAUUGGGAGACCAUCAUUAAACAGACUUGGGGCGAUUAUUUUUACCAGACAUUUGACAAACAAAUAUCCAUUAAGUACAGGAGGUGUAGGAGUUCUAAAGGCUGAUCAGGUUGUAGCUCGAAAAUGUUAUUCAGAAAGUUUCAAGCAGUACGGUCAUAUGGGAAAGAAAGCUGUGAAAGAAGGACAUCGAGUAUAUGAGGUGAAUGUUAAUCAAAAUGAAGUGAGUUUGGAUCCUCGUGAUAGAUUUCAGGAAUAUAAGAUGACUUCAGAGAAGGAGACUAAGGUUGUAGUGAUUGGUGAAAGAAAUUUGAAAGUAGGCGUCAGCUUAACAGUGAGUUAA